AUGUCUAGUGGUGCCACUGCUCGUGAAGGUUCUCUCGGCGUACAUCAGCGCUCCCUUGGGCACCUGCCGCAGCCACAACGUCAGGCAGGCGAACAGCAGCACCAACAACAUCAAGCAAUUCAACAACAACGUCAAUCAACUCAACAACAGCAGCAAAAUGCAUCCCAGCGAAGCGAGGUGGGUGACACGUACCGCUACCUACUGCGCCACCACGUGCAUAGUAAACUUGAGGACAUCUUCAGCAAUGUACUUAGUGAGCGGCCCGAAGAUCCUCUGCAUUACAUCGUGGAGCACCUGCGUGCCAACGGUGUAAAAUCCGCUGGUAAAGAUUGCCUUAUAGAGACGGCUGAUUUCAACAGUCUCAAUAGAAGUAGAAAUGAAAAACAGCAACCGUCAGAGUCCGCCCCAGUGCAAAGUGAGGUGACAACGGAGGAGCGACGGGAUAAUAAACAGCUGGCGGCCAGAGAUCCUGUGGCACAGGAAGUGAAAAGUGGAGGCGUGGUGGAACGACACACAGAAGAAGGGACGCCGAUUGAAGAAACAGAAACGCCACGGCUACCGUCAACAUUUGUCGGGCUGGUGUCUGCAAAUGACACACCGGCGCAAGUGGAUCUGGAGGCAGGGACAUUUCCAUCCAGCUCCCCCAAUGUCUUGGCAAUCCCUUCGGCUGAACCGCACACACAAACACCGAUAACAAGUCUUUGUAGCACAAGAACAAAUAUAUGCAUGAUGCGGCCUUCUUCCGCCCUGUUAGCACCGUGGACUUCCGUACGCAGUAGUCGCAAUGAUACUCCUUAUGGAACAACAGGCUUUCGAUUGGGGACAGGCGGCGGGCCCGAGACGACGUACAGCAGCACAUGUACGACGGUUCUUGAUCGCGAUGACAGUACCCGAAGUGAUCUCUCAGCGUUCAGUUUGGCUUCCGUAGACAUGCAAGACUUUUUACAGGAGUUUCGUAGUGCCAAGGCAGAAUGUGUUGGGGUCGAAACGCAGUUGGUGGACCUUGAGAUGCUUUCAGAGAUACUGCAAUGUGUCAAUAUUCCUAUUCCAGAAAUCCCGCUUAUUGCAGAAUUAUUUGACGAUGUGAAGAGGAUUAGUACAAUGCGCUACGGUUCCAGUGUGUUCUCGACGGAGGAGGAAACAAGUCAAGACGCAACAACCAUACUCACGGCUGCAUCCGCCGUGUCCUCACGUGCAGCGGAUGCCGAUUUACGGGACCGAGUGUACUUUGAGGCCUUUCUCGCUCGUAUGGCCUUUAUGAUUCAAGGUCGAUAUCCAGCCGAAGUUAUCCGGGGCACUUUCUAUUCCAUCUUGGAGUCGGUUGUGCGGAAGGAGUGCCCUGCAGAUGGCGUGGCUCAACAACACGAACAACAACAACAACAACAACAACAACAGAAAAAAAAAACAGGGGAUGAACCACGGCGCACAAGCUCCUCGAGUGGGAGCGCCACGAGCAGAUUGACCCGUGCGGCCACCAAGAGCCAAUGUAGAACGAGUGGCAACACAUUUGUAAACAAUGCGGGAAAUAAUCUCGCCACAACGCCGCACCAAAUUCUUUCGCUAACACAGACAUAUCCAAGUGUGACACAGACAAAGUCCGCACGCUGCGCCGCAGCUAACGACGGUCAACCGGCUGCCGAGUUGUCGCCACUUAUGCAUGGAGUGUCACUGGCAGUGUGCGUAGAGGAGGGUCUCUGGCGUGGCCUAGGCAUCCCCGUAAGCAAGGCGGAGGUGGUAAAUGCCCUGUGUCUCCUUGGCAUACCGGUGGAUGACAACUACGAAUUUCAUGUAAAUGAAUUUGUACGGCUUGUCAUGGCGCUAACAGGGCAAAGUGUGUUACACCCCGUCGGGGAAAAGGCUUCUUCGUGGUUGCUUUCGUCAGUUGGAAGGGAGAGCUCGCUUGUACCACUUAGCGGGUCCUGUAAGGAAGAUGGCGUGUAG